ACGGUCUCGGCCUUGCAACCCUUGUGAUGGGAUCCAGUUCAGCCAGCCUGAUCCCGAUUCGUGUCUUUUUUUUUCUUCGAGAGCCUCUCCGUGAUUCCGUCGGCUUGCCUCUCUCGGUUUACGGCGUUAUUGUCUAUUCCUCUUCUCUACGUCUCCAUACUCUGUAGUACACGAACCGAGCGGCUUCAGCUUCAGCCUAAGCAAACCGUGCAUGUUAUAAAGUGGAAUCGUGAAUACCAGGAACGAGCCUCAAAGAGUGAAUAAGUGGACACGGCGAGAUUUGCUAGAGCUCGCUUGAGGAGUGCACAGAGCGCGAUAGGCCUGUGGAUACGCAACGGGUAGAACCGCAGACUAUGGAUUUCGCUUGUGGUGCUGCUGAAUGGGGAUUGAACGGGGAAGAGGACGAGGAGGAGUCAUACACUGUCUCUCUGUCUCUUCCCUUGUUUUUUUUUCUUCAUCCCUCUUCCACAUCAUCACUGUUUGUGACAAGGCAUUGCGAGGUACUGCAGGCUGCGGCGGCUCUAGUUUGUGGGCGUUCUUUAGUAUAGACAUUGUUGUUUUUUGAUUGGACGUUUUAGAACCACUGGUCAGGCGACAGAGCGGCGUCUUCAUCCCCGGAAGCAUCCCAUCAUGGCCGAAAAGACAGACGUCGAGACGCACCCUCAGCUCGUCAGUGACGCCUCCUCCACCGAACAGAAUGCCGCCAUCGCCGCUGUCCCAGCACAAAAGGAAUCACGUCGCUUCAGGAUAGCCUGGAGGGCUCCUGACUGCGAAGAUCCGGGGCCUCCUCCGGACGGCGGAGCGAUCGCCUGGGCGCAGGUCGUGGCGGGCCAUCUGAUUGUCAUGAACACCUGGGGCUUCAUGAACUCGUUUGGUGUCUUCCAGACCUUUUACGUUGAGUUUGUUGGCCGCAACCCUUCAGACGUGUCCUGGAUCGGCAGCAUCCAGGUCUUCCUGACCUUCUUCCUCGGCACCUUUACCGGCCGUCUUACUGACGCGGGCUACUUCCGUCCUGUAUUCUUCUUCGGCACCGUCAUCAGCCUGCUGGGCAUGUUCAUGGCGUCGCUGUCCACUGAGUACUGGCAGCUGUUCCUCGCUCAGGGUGUCUGCUGCGGCAUCGGUAACGGCUUUCUCUUCUGCCCCAUGGUGGCCGUCGUGUCUACGUACUUUGCCAAGAAGAAGCCCAUCGCCGUGGGCAUCUGCGCCUGCGGUGGUUCAACCGGUGGCCUCAUCUUCCCCGCCAUGGUACAGCAGCUGCUGCCGCUGAUUGGCUUCCCCUGGACCAUGCGCGUCAUUGGCCUCGUGACGCUGGCUCUCCUGUCGCUGUGUAACUUGCUCGCGCGGCCGAGGCUGCCGCCGCGCCAGGCCGGUCCUAUCCUGGAGCUGGCCGCUUUCAAGGAGCUGCCGUAUACGCUGUUUGCGGCGUCCAUGUUCUUUGUGUUUUGGGGCGUCUACUUUGCAUCGUUCUACCUGGGCUCAUUUGGCGUCGACGUCAUUGGCUUUACCGAGAAGCAGUCCAUUAAUCUGCUGCUGGUGCUCAACGGCGUGGGUGUCAUCGGCCGCACCAUCCCGGCGUAUGUGGCCAACAACUACGCUGGCCCCAUCAAUGUGCUCCUCAUCUCGACGAUUGCUUCCGUUGCCUGCUCGUAUGCCAUGGUUGGCGUGACUAACCAGGCUGGCUUCUACGCCUGGACUGUCGUGUAUGGUAUUGCAGGAAACGCCGUCCAGGGCAUGUUCCCCGUCGCGCUGAGUGCCUUGUCCUCGACAGACCUGAAAAAGGUGGGCGUCAGGAUGGGCAUGAUCUUUACAAUUGUGGGCUUUGCUGUGCUGACUGGUCCUCCCAUCACGGGCGUCUUAAUCACAGCUGCCAAUGGCAAGUACAUGUCCGCGCAGAUCUUUGCAGCCUCUUCCAUGUUGCUAGGCUUCUUUCUGCUACUUUGGGGACGAUACUUAACGAGUGGAAAAACCUUGAUGGUCAGGGUGUAGACGUACAAAAGCAUUACAUGUAUUUACUAGUUUAAACUUUUACUUGAGUUUUCAUUUUCGAUAUCUGGACAUUUCGCGAUAGCGGGUUCUGACGGAGUGCUUCUUGAACCAGUAGCCCGGUCAGCCUUACACGCACUUGGAUUAUUUAUUUUUCAACCUCCAUAAGCCGCACCAUCUCGUAUAUGCAGGGAC